AUGGCAAAACUCCUCCAGACCCCAACCGCAACACCCUCACAAAGCGCAGAAACCAUCGUCUUCACUUCAGGCUCAAGCAUCCGCAUCUCCCGCCCAGCUUCCGCCGUCUUCUCCACGAUCCUCAACACGAAGUCGUACAGCGCCUGGAACACGAGUAAUCCGCGGGUGACGUUCCCCGAUUCUGAGCGAGGAGGAGAGGCAGAGCCAGAAUCCUGGACGACGGGCGCAUCCGGUAUCUUGCAAUUCCACAUGGCGGCACCUUCCUCCUCUUCUUCCGCGACGCAAGUCCCCGUCAAAGUCCUCUCCGUCCGCGAGGAUCCCGCGCAAGGCGAGUACCGACUCGAAUGGCAGGGCCAGAUGCUGCCGCGGUGGUUUGGGAUGGCGGAAAGGGUGCAGAGUGUUCGAGCCGUGGGGGAGGAGGAGUGCGAGCUCGUGCAGUGGGAGAGUAUGUCCGGCUGGGGGGUUUAUGUCUUGGAUUGGGUGCUGGGUAUUCGGAAGCAGAUGGAUAAGGUCAAUUUGAGGUACGCGGAGGAUUUGAAGAUGUAUUCGGAGAGGUGA